AAACUCUUCCUGUGAAGUCAAAGAGUAGUCAAAUGUGUGGCAUUUCACUUAGUAACACAAACGAAGAGAGACGAAGAAAAACAUCUCAGCAAAUUCCCUAAAUAUACUUCAUGACUUGAUUGUGGUUAAGUGUGAAGACAGAACGGGACUUGUGGAGGCCCCCAGAUUGGUGCUGAAGUCUUCAGCUCCUGUCCCAAGUUUCUGGUAAGAAACCCUGCAUCCCCAAAGACUAGCAGGUCUGUUCAUCUUUUUGCAGAAGUCUAGCAAUGGAGUCUUUCCUUAAUGAGACUGAUUCAACUGACCUACACGCACUGCCCUGGACUGAACCCCAACUAAUUCUCUCCGUGGUCAUCCUCGGCCUCACUUUCUUAUUGGGAUUGCCAGGCAACGGGCUGGUGCUGUGGGUGGCUGGCCUAAAGAUGAAAUGGACAGUGAGCACCAUUUGGUUUCUCCAUCUCACACUGGCAGACUUCCUCUGCUGCCUCUCCUUGCCCUUCUCCCUGGCUCACUUGGCUCUCCAAGGACACUGGCCUUAUGGUCGGCUCCUAUGCAAGCUCAUUCCCUCCAUCAUCAUCCUCAACAUGUUUGCCAGCGUCUUCUUGCUGACUAUCAUCAGUCUGGACCGCUGUCUUUUGGUACUGAAGCCGAUCUGGUGCCAGAAUCACCGCAAUGUGAGGGCAGCCUUCAUUAUCUGUGUAUGUAUCUGGGCGGUGGCCCUUAUAAUGUGUAUACCUGUGUUCAUAUACCGUGAAACGUUCACUAUAGAUGACCAUAAUAUCUGUAGCUACCAUUUUGGUGGUGAUAGCUCCUUUGACUAUUUGAACUUCACCUUUGAUGGACUGGAAAAUGGAUCUUUUGACGACUCCAUCAUUCAGCUGUAUGGAGAAAUGAAUCAUAGUCCAGAUGCUUUCACUUUACAAACUAAUGAUCAUCCUUGGACAGCUACGACUCUCCUUCCUUCUCAAACAUUUCAAAGACUUCCUGGAGAUUCACUCCCUGUGGAUUCAGCUAGAUUAUCUAAUCAACAUCCAUAUUAUAAAUUAAUUAAACCUGAUGAUGAAGUCUUACCCACAACCCCUAUUGGCCUUCCCACUGAUGAUCACACAACUAACCCAAUGACUAACUUAAAUACUUUCCUCUCCACUGGUUUAGAGCUUUUCUCUACUGCCUCUAGUAAUGCCGUCUACAGGGCUGAGCUAUCAGAAGAUUUCCUGGAUGAUGGUGAAGACUUCUUUGCAUAUGACAAUCAAGUCUCAACACCUCUGGUAGUAAUGGCCAUCACUAGGCUAGUGAUAGGUUUCCUGCUGCCCUUGAUUGCCAUGCUGACCUGUUAUGGCCUCAUUAUCUUCCGAAUGCGACGAGGGCGCUUCACCAAGUCUCGGAACAAAGCCUUGCGAGUGUCCAUGGUGGUGGUAGUUGUCUUUCUUGUCUGCUGGGCCCCAUACCACAUUGUUGGAGUCCUCUCAUUGUUUAUUGACCCAGAUACUCCCUUUGGGGAAGCUCUGCGCUUCCUGGACCAUGUGUCCAUUGCUCUAGCAUCUGCCAAUAGUUGCUUGAAUCCCUUCCUGUAUGCCUUCAUGGGAAAAGAUUUUAGGAAGACAGCAAAGCAGUCCAUGCAGGGCAUUCUGGAGGCAGCUUUCAGUGAGGAUCAGACACAUUCUACGAACUGUACCCAAAACAAGGCCUUUUCAGAAAGAAGCAGUAGUAGAGCUGUUUGAAACUAUGGAGCACUUGGCCCAAGCAGAGCUCCUUAGGUAUUCACCAAGUGUGAUAUGUUUCUAAAAGAACAAGGGGCAUGGUGAGCAGGGAUUUCAGGAAACAUCAAAGACUCAGUCUAGAGGUCUUCAGAGUGGGUCCUGUACUAGUUACACUGGCAUCACCUGGAAGCUCUCUGGCCCCACUCGACAAUGACAAGGUCCCUUGUUUCUGAUGAAUGCUAAAUUUGAGAGUCAAUGCAAAGCUUAGUCUAUGUCUAUGCCAAACUAAGCCUACUGAAAUAAAUGAAAACCUAGUCUGUUGUAAAAUGACGUUUCCAUCAUUAAAGUUACAAUUUAUAUAUCUAAAUUCCCUUCCAGAUUCAUUUUAAAACCAAUUCUCCCAGUUUUGAGUGAAAGGUGAUUAUUUAUUCUAUGUCUUUAUUGUACUGCUGCUCGUGGUGGGAUGGUUGUAAAUAAAGAGAAAGUGCAAGAAGAAAUUGCCAAUGAAAACAAGGAUUUAUGAGAAUGAGUCUGGAACAGAGUACAAUGACACACUUAUUUGGAAGACUCAUGGAUACAGGACACAAUUCCAAGCUUCCAUUAUUUCAACUAAAUAAUCAUCUGCUGUGCAAACACAAACAACUAAGAUAUGUAACAAUUUACUCAUGGACUGGAAUGUACGCUGCCCUUUGAGGAGGUCUCUUGUCAGUUUGUUUAUUCUACCCAUUGAUAGUGCCCUCUAACUUCUCCUGAUCUUGAAUUCAUCAAUUCCUUAUUCCUCCCCUGCCUCUAAGUCUUCUUUCACACUACACUUUGUACCUAUACUAA